AUGCGCUUCUUCCACAAGAAGAAGCAGAAGAAGAAGCCGACGACCCUCGCCCUGGACGAGGGCCUCGAGCAGGGCCCCUUCUUCCCCGAGCCCCUCGACACGAAACAAGCCGUGUGGUUUUACUGCACCGUCGCGCAGUGGCUGCGGGUGGCGUGCCCGCAGCUCAAGGAGGAGGCCUGGGAGGCCAUCGCCGGUACGCUCGAGGCGGAGCACGGCGUCACCUGCGUCGGGCACCUCACGAAAACCCGGAGCGGCGCGUUCAUCGAGGCGGGCGUGCCGCGCCACGUCGCGAGCAAACUCGCCGAGGAGAUCAACAAGAUGCUGCCGCUGACGCGCGGGACGCUCGCGCCCACGCGCCUCUGCGCGGGCGCGAUCGGCGUGCGGCUCGCGCGCGUCGAGGCGACGUGGUCGUCCCGGGAGAUUUUGCAGCUCCGCCUCGACUGGCGCGUCGUCGAAAGGGGCUCGGGCUCUUCGGUUAGGACGCUGCGGCGCGCGUCGCGGCGCUUCCCCGACGACGACUUCUUCGGCGACGUCCGGGACGGCGCCCUCGAGCUCGCCGAGUCCGAGCAC